CCUAAGUCUCCUCUACCUUAGCAUAUCAGGGUAACUCCUUUCUUUAUAAGUCCUUUCAGAUACGAGAAACUUUUUCUAUCUGAUCGAACCAAAAUUUAUCCGGCAAUGAUGAGGAAUCCUCCGAUGAACGACGAUGUGAUGCUAGAGAUCAUGUCUUAUUGUCCUGCAACGGAGAUGGCAAAAUUUCGUUUACUAAACAAAGAAUGCAACAAACGAAGUUAUGAGAUGAGUUUUAUCAAUCGUCAUCUCCAUAGAACCAACUCUUUUCUCGGCUAUAUCUUUUAUUACAAAGACAAGUGGUUUAGGAAUCGCUCCUGUUUUGUCUCCGGCGUCGAUGAGAAAGAAAUAUACCGAAUCAAUCUUGCAUAUCUUCCUCCUCGUUGUAAUCCAUCUAUCGAAGCUUGUGAUACACAUCAUGGGAUUUUGCUCUGUGUCGAUGAUGUGUUUAAAGGUGGGAAAAGGAUACCGGAUUACAUCGUUUGCAAACCGGCUACAAAACAGUACCGGAUCAUACCAAACCCGAAGACCAGGUUUGGCACUGUUGCAACCGGUUUAAUGGUGAUUUCGUCUAACCCGUUUCGGUACAAGAUCAUUAGGGUUUCUGUUACAGGGGCAACAGUGAGUAGGGAUGGUGUCUAUAAUCUUGCUUGUGAAGUUUAUGAUUCUGAUUCGGAUGCAUGGAAGCGACUAAAUCAUUUAGUAUCAUCAGAGUUUUCUCAUAGACCAGUUAAACCGGCCGUAUCGGCCUACGGUUGCUUGCAUUGGUUAUCAGAGAAGAACAAUGUGAUGCGGUUCUGUAUGCGAACCGAAACUUGGUCUAUCUUUCCGGUUCCAGACGAUGUCACAAGCGAUUAUUAUAAUGUUAUGUUGGUCAACUACGAAGGGAAGCUAGGUGUGAUCCAGUCAAGAUGUGGAGAAGGAUCCAAUAUAUGGGUUUUGGAGAAAAGUUUUGGAACUACGUGGGUUAAAGUGAAAGAUACGAAAAUCGCAGCGGUAGAAGAUGAUUGCUACAAUUCACAACCUAUAUGGUUCCCAAGUAACGACACUGUAUCAAGAUCGUCUAGUGGUAGGCUUAGUCUCUACAACAUGAGUAACAACAAGUAUCGUUAUUUGCAUACGAAGCAAGAUUUCUACCCUAGCCAUUGGCCGGCCGGAAAAUAUUUUGUCCCUUUCUACUCAAACUACGAGAGAGUUUGUUUCAAUAAAAAUGAUGUUGAAGGGAAAGAAAGGAGCGAGAGAGGAACAAGAGACGGGAUUAUAGAGGAGAAGAAGGAAUAUGAAGAGAAAUUAAAGAUGAUUCUUAUGCAAGUAUUUCUUGUUGUUAUCAUGUUGUUAUUUAGCUCUCUUUUCUUCAUAUCCCCAACUCUCUAAGAGAUUUCUUCUUUGUUUAAGUUUAAUAAAUAUGUUUAAUAAAU